CCUGGCCGCGGGGCGGGGACCGGAGUGGGGUGAGUGUGGCUCUCCGAUCCCCGCCUGGCUGAGGCUGUGGUCUGCACAGAGGCCGCGCGGAGCACCGCGGGGGCGCUGAUAGCCGGCGCCGCCCCCUCGCUUUUCCUUCGGUUCUGGGCCUUAGGGAGGGUCCGGGGUCCCGUUCCCUCCGGCUGGCGCGGCAAGAGCGCGGGCUGGUCCCGAGCUUUGCCUCCCCAGAGCCUGGGUGACAGCGCAGACCUGAAGCUGCAGGGGUAGGAGACUCGAGAGGACCAGUUCUGUCCGGGCUGCGUCCCCCGCGGCCUCACGCCUGCAGCUGCCUGAGUGCACCCGCUGGGGAGCAGCUGUUGCCGGCUGGCCACCCCCAAAUACUGCCUCUCCCUGCACCCUCGUUUCCUAGCCAAUUGUCAGCCCUUUCGCUGUCACGCUUUACCCUGUGCGGUUCUUCCCCCUUUCCCUCAUUCAUUGGGACACAGGCAUUCGGAUUACUUACCUCGUCCUGAGGACCCUUCUAGUGCUGGCGACACUGCAGUGAGGGGCAACAUUCCUGGCUUCAGGGAGCAUCCGUUUGUAAUAGAAGGGAGGCAUUGAUGCAGUAGAGGCAACAAACAAGGACAGGGGUGGAUGGGCCUUAGGCCUGGGCUCUUUCUACUCAACAAUCACAGCCCCCAGCGCCUGCCUUUCCCCUGAAGGGGACCUUGGAAUGGCGGUGCCACUUGCGACGCGCAGACUCCAGGUGGAUCACAGGGAUGGAUUCUGUAAUCCAAGGGUCAGCCUCCUCCUUUUGAAGACUCACAAUGGCUGUGUCAACUCCUUCGUGAGGCUUUGGGCAGAAGUAGGCCGCCCACGGUCUUCUGCAGCCCCUGAGCUUCCAGGAUCAGCCAGCAAGGAGGCCGUUGUGUUUGAGGACGUGGCCGUGUACUUCACAAGAAUAGAGUGGAGUUGCCUGGCCCCUGACCAGAGGGCGCUGUACAGGGAUGUGAUGCUGGAGAACUACGGGCACGUGGCCUCACUGGGCUUUCUUGGCAAACCAGCGCUGAUCUCCCUCUUGGAGCAAGGGGAGGAGCCAGGGGCUUUGAUUCUGCAGGUGGCUGAGGAGCCAGAGACCAUAGCCUACCUGUGCCCAGAUUCUAGGGUGGAGGCUGGGGUCAAGGAGUCUUCUCUGAGGAGAGUGUCCUCUAAGCAGUUGGGACUAUUGGGCACAGUUUGGGGGCGCCUCCCUGAGGAGAGGAAUGGCCGUCCUGAAGAUGAGCCCGAUAAACGACCCCGCGACCCCCAGGCAAGCGGCCCCGGUGGGGAACUUAGCGUAUCCCUGGGUGCCCUGGAGGCAAAACAGCCAGGCUCGGGCCCUGCGGAGGCCGUUGGGGAGAGAGCGCACAGGUGUGCUUGCGGCAAGGCCUUCAAGCAGAGCUCCAUCCUGCUGAGACACCAGCUGAUCCGCACGGAGGAGAAGCCCUUCCGGUGCGGCGAGUGCGGCAAGGCCUUCCGGCAGAGCACCCAGCUGGGCGCGCACCGCCGCGUCCACGCGCGGGACAAGCCGUACGAGUGCGGCGAGUGCGGCAAGGCCUUCGGCCGCAGGUUCACCCUCAGCGAGCGCCGCAUCCACAGCGGGGAGAGGCCCUACGCGUGCCUGCAGUGGUGCGGGCAGCGCUUUAUCCGCGGGGCCUCGCUCCUCAAACACCACAGGCUGCACGCCGGGGACAGCCCCCGGGAGGACGGCGGGGCCCGGGCGCCCCCGCGCGGCGCCGCACGCAGGGCCGCCUCGGGCGCCAGGCUGUUCGAGUGCCCCGUGUGCCGGAAGCCCUUCAAACACAAGUCCUUGCUGCUUCUGCCAGAGAAGCCGUUCGCGUGCGGGGAAUGCGGCAGGGCCUUCAGCCGGAAGCCCAGCCUCCCCCUGCACCGGAAGACCCGCACCAGGGAGACGCCCUUCGCCUGCACCGAGUGCGGCAAGGCCUUCCGCGGGAGCUACACGCUGAGCGAGCACUACCGGCUCCACAGCGGCGAGAGGCCCUACCGGUGCCGGGCCUGCGGCGGGGCCUGCCGCCGGCUCUCAGCCCUUCUCCAACACCAGAAAGUCCACGGACCCGAGGGCUCGCGGGGCGCUGGGGAGCACAGACGGGUGCCCCACUGGGCUCCCUGUGGAGUUGAUAAAAGGCGGUGAACCCAUGCCAGGAGG